CAUCGUUUGAUCAAUUUUAUAUCAUCAUGGAUUUAUUGGAUUUUUCUAGAUCGAGUUUAUUUUUGUGUAUAUUUAUGUGUAUCUACGCAUUAAGCUUUCUCUAUUCUAAUCUAUUUUGCUGAUGAUUUGAAAAAAAAAAAUUGCAAAACUUAUAAAAUCGAAUGUUUUACGCAAAGAAAGGAUGAAUUUUUAUUAUUAUUAUUAUUAAGGAAAAGGAAACAAAAAAUUAAUAAACAAUACGACGAUUUGUAUACAUAAUCGAUAUUAUCAAAUUUUUACAUUGCACUCUCAAUUAAACGAGAUUAUGUUUUCAUAAAAAGUUGUUGCAAAUUUCAUGUACCAGUUACAAAUCGUUUAUUGUAUUGAUAAUGUAAAAAAAAAUCGGAUAUAUCGAGCAAAAGAAAAAGUUGUGAAGUGUGAUGAAUUGCGAAAUUGUUGAUAAGUGGAUUGGAACGGGUUCUUUGUUCUUUUUGUUUGAAUGAUCCAUAUAUAUAUAUAUAUAGAAAUUAUUCGAACAAAUUGAUUAUAAAAAUAAGACCAAUCGAGUUAAAUAAUAAGGAAAUCAUUGAUAAAGGAACAAACCACAAGGAUAAAAAUAUGAGAAACUUUUUAUAUGUGUCUUGAUCGGUUUCUACAUACAUACAUAUAGCCUAAUUUGAAAUUAAACGUAUUUUUAACGAAACAAAAUUGAUGACACAACGUUUCUUUUGUGUCGUUCGAUAUUUUUAAAUUUUAUAAUAUUUUGAAUAUUUUUUUUUUUUGAAUUCAUGUUUUACGAACGAAAGUUUUUUAAGAGAUUGCUUUUAAUGUAAAUUAAUUAAAAAAAAAUUUGCGUAUUUCAUUCGAUAUAUAUAAAAGUGAUUUACUUACAUACAUAGAAUCAUUAAAUUAUUUAAUAUCUUCGAUUAAUAUGAUAUCGACUGAAAACUACAUACAGAAAAUACAACAACAAUUGUAACAAGGAGAUUUUUACAAUAAUUAAUUGCUCAAUACUAGGUAUGUAAUAAAAUCGAGCAUUAAUAUUAGAUUAUGAAGUUAAUGUUAUGAUUAUUUACACGGUAAUGUUAUAAGAGAAAUACUGCUAAUAAAUAUUUUACUUCCACUGUUGGAAUAGUUUAAAUAUAAGAUAUGUAUGUUUACAGAUGUUGAAAAUUUUAUCAAAAGUGUCGUUUUUCUCGAACCGCAUAGCAAUUGUGAUUGUGAUAAUAUCGUGUACAGAUAAGUUUGAGGUUUUUUAUUUUUUCCGUUUCUACUUCUUUUUUCUUUGUUUAAAAUUCCUUCCUUCUUUCUUAAGAAUAUAAAAUAAGAGAGCAACGAACGAAAAAACUAUAAUUUCGUCGACGGGAAUGAAACUUUCGUGUUAGGUGCAUAAAAUAUUAUCGUUUAAAUUUAUAACACAGUGUUACGCACGAAUUGCAGAUGGCUGAAUUAUCGAGACGAAAGGUGUGCGUGGUAGGGGCCGGCGCAGCCGGCCUUUGCGCAGCAAGACAUUUCGCGCCAAAUUCAAAUUUCGAAUUGAAAGUUUACGAACAAACGAACGAUAUCGGUGGCACGUGGGUUUACAAAGAAGCAACUGAAGUCGAUGAAAAUGGUUUGCCCGUUCAUUCGAGCAUGUAUCGGGAUCUAAGAACAAAUUUACCGGCGAAAAUUAUGAAUUUUCCCGAUUACCAGAGAUUGAACGCAGAAGAGCCUUGCUGCGUGACGCAUCAGGAAGUUCGAACUUACUUGCAAAAUUACGCGAAACAUUUUGAUUUAUUAAAAUAUAUUCAAUUCGAUACAAGGGUAGAAUCUGUCCGAUUAAAAAAAUCGAUCGAAGGUAAAGAAGAAUGGGUUGUCCGAGUGAAAAUGUUAAAAACGAAGCAAGAGGAAGAAAUUGUUUUCAACGCUGCGAUCAUCUGCAAUGGACAUUAUUUCGAUCCUUAUGUUCCAACGAUACCAGGAAUGGAAAAUUUUUCGGGCACCGUGAUGCACAGCCAUUCAUACAGAAAACCAGAAGAUCUGGCCGGUAAGAGCGUUUUAAUUUUGGGCGCAGCAGCUUCUGGGAUCGAUAUCGCUCUCGAUUUGAUCAAUCACGUAACUCGAAUAUAUCUAAGUCACAAUAACGAAAGGUUAGGUAGCGGUCUGCCGUCGAGCAUAAUCGAGGUGUCGGGCGUAGAAAGAGUAGAGAAGGAGAAAAUUUUUUUCAAGGAUCAAAGCUUCGUUACAGCGGACGUGUUCAUGUUUUGCACAGGAUAUCGAUAUAGCUUCCCAUUUUUGGACCAAAGUUGCGAAAUACAGGUGGACAAUAAUUUUGUAACCCCUUUGUACAAGCAUUUAAUUAACAGCAAUCAUCCAACUAUGUGUAUCGUUGGCGUACCGACUGUUGUUGUUCCGUUUCCAAUGUUUCACAUGCAGAUACAGUAUUUUCUUGCACUGUUGGAGAAGAGAAUAAGUUUACCUGAGAGGUCAAUCAUGUUGGAGGAUUCAAAAUUGAAGGCGUCGAAGAAAAGACACGCGCACAAAUUAAUGGACAAACAAUGGGAGUACAACGACUCGUUGGCCGAUGCUGGACGCUUCGAUCGUUUGCCAAAGUUUUAUAAAGUUGGUUACGAGGUGUGGUCGAGUCAGAGGAAAAUGAAUCUUUCGAGCUACAAGAAGGCCAGAUUUGUUAUAUCCAGUGACGGGGAAAGCGUUGAGUUAAUCAUACCGAGUAAAAGCAUCGAUCACGUUGGUGUAGACGCCAGGCGAGUCUUGUACACCACAUUCGUAGCCCCACGAAGUUAUACCGAUUACAGUGAAAUUAUUAACCAGUGGACCACCGGAAUCACCCUAUUAUAAAAUCAAUGAUGACUUGGUC